GUAUGGCGGAAUCUGUCAGAAAAUGAUUAUUUCGCCAGUAGACUUCCCUAGUGAUAAAGUCAACAUAUUUAUUCUGCAUCUUUCUCGGGACAGGGCCGACUCUUGGAGCUUCUAGGCUGGUACAAGUGAGCGGGUGUGUCUGAUUGGAUUACCUGAACAGUAGGCUGUAAGGUGGAGGGCUGUUUCCUGUUGCUGACCAGUGAAGACACUUGCGGGUGGUUGUGUUUCCUGUUGCUGAUCAGUGAAGAGACCUGUGGGUGAUUGUGUUUCCUGCUGAGGAGGAUUGUGGCCCUGAUCUUGGUACACAUCAGACCAGCCCCCUUCCCUACACACACACACACACACACUAUAACCCCCCCCACCCACACACACACUAUAACCCCCCCGACCCACACACACACACACACACUCCACCUAUCCCGUCCUCCUCUCCAGGCCGUAUAUUUUAAAACUUCACUGUGGAUUCUCCGAGGACCAUCCUGUCAACAAUGACAUCACACACUCACCAAGAAGGACUCCUGGGCAAGGAGCAGCAGCUGGAUGUCCUGAAGACGUCUGCCCUCAACCACAUCCCCACAGUGGACAUGAACUCUGCCCUGCCCCUGCGUCUGCCCCCGGCUGCCAUCCCCAUGGACCUACGCAUUGACCAGCACCAUCACCAGCAGCAGCUGUCCAUGUCUCCUUCUGCAGCCCAGGCAUCUGCAGCCCAGGCCAGAGAGCAGCAGCUGCAGCAGGAGCUCCUGUCCCUGAAACAGAAACAACAGAUUCAGAGACAGCACCUCAUCGCUGAGUUCCAGAGGCAACAUGAGCAGCUCAACCGCCAGCAUGAAGCCCAGCUACAGGAACAUGUUAAGCACCAGCAGGAGCUCCUGGCCCUGAAACAUCAGCAGGAGCUGUUGGAGCACCAGAGGAAGAUGGAGAAGCACCGUCUGGAGCAGGAACUGGAGAAACACCAGAGAGAACAGAAACUACUGCUGUUGAAGAACAAGGAGAGAGGACAGGAGAGUGCAGUGGCCAGUACGGAGGUGAAGAUGCGACUGCAGGAGUUUGUGCUGAACAAGAAGAAGGCUCUUGCUCAGAGGAGUCUCAACCACGGGGGGUUGCCCAACGACCCCCGCUACUGGUACGGGAAAACUCAGCACACUUCCCUGGACCAGAGCUCUCCUCCUCAGACUGGUAUGGGUACCUACAACCACCCUGUCCUGGGCAUCUACAACGCUAGAGAUGACUUCCCCCUCCGCAAGACAGCCUCUGAGCCCAACCUGAAGCUACGUUCUCGUCUGAAGCAGAAGGUGAGCGAGCGACGGAGCAGCCCCCUACUGAGGCGGAAAGACAGCCCGAUCACAACCGCCAAGAAACGCUCACUGGAUAUGGCAGAUUCAGCGUGUAACAGCGCUCCUGGAUCCGGCCCCAGCUCUCCUAACAACAACAGCAUCAGCAACAUCCCCAAUGAGAACGGCGUCACUGUCUCCAACAGCAUUGAUGUGUCCCUGGCUCAGCGGUUGUGUGGUGGUGAACUCAGCCAGCUGUCUCUGUACACGUCCCCCUCCCUCCCCAACAUCACCCUAGGUCUGCCCGCCACGGCCACCUCUGCUUCCAAUGUGACCUCUGCCCAGCAGGAUGGGGGUCAACAUUCGGCCCUCUCCCUCAGCCCCCCCUACCUAGGCGGUGCCCCCCUAGCCACCUACCUGGCUGACGGAGGGGGCGCAGGGGGGCACGGCCCACUACUGCAGCACUUGGUCCUGCUGGAACAGACUGGCGCGCACGGGCCCCUACUGGCAGGUGUGGACGCCCUCCAGUCUCCCUCCAUCCACAUGCUGCGUGGGCAGCACCGUCCCCUGGGUCGGACCCAGUCGGCCCCACUGCCCCAGCAGAACGCCCAGGCCCAGGCCCUGCAGCAGCUGGUGGUCCAACAGCAACACCAACAGUUCCUGGAGAAACACAAACAGCAGUUCCAGCAGCUACACAUCAACAAGAUGAUGGGCAAGCCCAGUGAGCCCACGGGGACCCGGCAGCACCAGAGUCACCCGGAGGAGACCGAGGAAGAGCUGAGGGAGCACCAGGCCCUCUCUCCCCAGGACGGAGGCUUUCCGUGUGGGUUCGCCAUCAAACAAGAGCCCCCAGACCCCCAAGAGAACCAGGAGGAGGACAUGCAGCAGGAACUGCUGUUCAGACAGCAGGCCAUGUUGUUGGAGCAGCAGAGAAUCCACCAGCUGAGAAACUAUCAGGCUUCCAUGGAGGCAGCCGGUCUGUCAAUCACCUUCCCAGGUCACCGCCCGCUCUCCAGGGCCCAAUCGUCUCCGGCCUCCGCUUCCUCCUUCCCCAUCUCUGUCCCGCCCCCUGAGCCUCCCACCAAACCUCGCUUCACCACAGGGUUGGUGUAUGACUCUCUGAUGCAAAAGCACCAGUGUAUGUGCGGGAACACACACACCCAUCCGGAGCACGCCGGACGCGUCCAGAGCAUCUGGUCCAGACUGCAGGAGACAGGACUUAGGGGACAGUGUGAGUGUAUCCGUGGUAGGAAGGCCACUCUGGAGGAGCUCCAGACAGUCCACUCUGAAGCCCACGUCCUGCUGUAUGGAACCAACCCCCUCCGACAGAAACUAGACUGUUCAGUCACGCCCAUGUUGGUCAGAUUACCAUGUGGAGGAGUGGGGGUGGACAGUGACACCAUCUGGAACGAGGUCCAUUCCUCUACUGCAGUUCGUCUGGCUGUGGGUUCUGUGGUGGAGCUGGUGUUCAAAGUGGCCACUGGUGAACUGAAGAGCUUUGCUUAA